AUGGAUAUGCGUCCUGUGAUAGAUUGCAAUCAACAAACGACUCAACCGGCUCAUAUGCCACUUACUGACAAUUCUCCCAACGGUUCAUCCAUGCUGUCCGAUGGCAGUAUCACAGAUCGAAAUGAAACUUUCAACAACUGCAGCACAAACACGAUGAAAAUUGGUCUUGAUAAAAUGGGUAAUUCACAACCUACAUUUCCUAUAGCGCCACCAUUGUAUCCAAUGCACAACUGGCUCCAAACAUUUUCACCGAAUGCCCCAUUACAGGAAACAUUGAAUCGUAUUUAUCAUUCGUUCUUCGGGUUAUUCGAAAGACAGUUAAGUCAACGUCUGGAACAAUUCGCAAGCCGUUUGGAUAACUUUCAACGGGAACAGGCUGCGACAAAAUUUCAACUUGGACGUCUGGAACGAAUUCUGCAAAACGGUUUCGAACUAUCCGGUCGGUGUGAGGACGGCAAGCUACCAGGAUUGGAAGUGAACGGUUGCCUCGAAGAGUCCGUUACCGUACCAUCUUCAAGCUGGCAUGACAUAGCCAACAUGAAUGCCAUCAGUGCUCAAAAACAAGGACUUAGUGGCAGCUCUUUUAAAUCAAGUAUUCGAUCUGAAACAUCCAUCAUGCAUCCAAGCCUUGUUCCAUCUGGAUUCCCUACUGCGCCCAAUACGUUAUCUGAUGCUACUCGAUUACCGGUAGAGCGACCCAUGUUCUACCCACUUAACUCACCGCCACCACCCGCACUGCGCGAAAACAACCCCCUCUCAAGAAUUGUUACACCUAUCACCACACCUACUACCACCAGCACAACUAAUUUGAACCACAUGGCGAACACUUUCUUUCACUCAUCACUCCAGUCUCAUCUGUUUUGGAAUCAGUGGAUGUCUGACUGGUUUCGAGCUAGUUCAGCUGGCCUGACAGAACGUUACCUGCCAAAUACUACCACCGGUUCUUUCACGGCUCUUUUAGAGAAGAUUCGUUCUACCGAUAGCACCACGACUACCAAUUCGGUAAGUCUCGCUAUUUCCAACACUACUCAUAGUGGAUUCGGAGCCUCAUUAAGUGGUAUCUUAUUCAUUUAA